CCUCCUCCUCUCCCAGGGAGGAAGUCAGCUUCGCCACCAUUGGCUGCUCUCGGGGUCUGAGGGCUUGGUUUAGCUCUCUGAGGUGAAUGGGCCUCAAAGCAGCUGUGUGGAGGUGUGCAGUCGGGGCUUGUAGCAGACAAGCUACAAGCUUCGGCCUCUUCCCGGGCCGAAGAGUCUGUCGACAAGCGGGUUCCCCCCUCCGCCCGGACUCUGGAAUCCGCCUGGAAAUUCACACUGGAAGAUAGGGAAGCGACCUCCCGGGGCCUGCCUCUCCUCCCUGCCCCCAGAGCGGGAGCCGGAGCCCCGAAACUGAUAUGCCAACUGAAAUCGCCUGGGCUGUGAGAAUGCAGGCCGUCUCGGACUUCCACUCCUCGGUGACAACUCGGCUCCUGAACAAGGGGCCGGACUACCUGCGCAGGCAGAUGGAAGGGAGCGGGCCGGCCAGGAUGAGUGCCGUCGAGAGGCUGGCAGCCGACAAGGCCAAGUAUGUCAAGAGCCAGCGGGUCAUCGACGCCAAGCAGGAAGCCACCCUGCUCGUCUCCUCUUCGGAGAGCAGCUCCGAGAGCUGCUCCUGGGAAAGCGGGAAGAGCCACAGGGACCCACGUGGGAAGCCGGACCCAGAGAGAGGACAUCUCGGCCCGAGCCCUCCGGCGAAAGGCUGCCCCAUCGCCCGGCGGGCCUUGACCAGGAGACCGAUGAGGCCGGACUCCCUGGUGAUCUAUCGCCAGAAAUGUGAGUUUGUCAAAGGUCAAGGGGCGGAGAGCCCCAGGGGGAGCUUGGUGAAGAGGCUGCUCCAGGGGUCGGUGAAGGAGAGGCCACCGCCGUCUCCGGAGAUGCCAAAGGUCAGAGAGGAGACCAAGUCGGAGGGCGAGGACGCGGGCUCUGCCGGACCCACGGCCGGAGGCCGCAGCGACCCCGUGGCUGGCCCUCCCUGUCCCCCCGGGCCUGCCCGGCCCUCCCCCCAACCCGGCGAGAAGGAGGGUCCCUCUCCCCCGGCCCAGGGGCCGGCCGACCUCGGGGACGGGAGGAGGCGAGGCCUACACCGCUCCCAUUCUGACAUCAGCUCCCGCUUCUCCAAGUCCUUCUCCGAGUCCGACACCUUCUUCAAGUACUGCGGCCUGGAGCCGGACGUGGUGGAGGAUCUCGGGAGGGAGAACUUCUCGGCCGUGUCUGACCACGUCUCCUUCAAGAUCCGCAGCGUGAGCAUGGUCGCCUCCGACGGCGGCUUCUCCCACAACAGCGCGGGAGACGGGCUGUUGGAGGAAGAGCUGGCCGAACAGGUCUCCCCGGGCCCGUCGGUCAUCGAGCGCAACGCUCGGAUCAUCAAGUGGCUGUACACUUGCAAGAAGGCCAAGGCCAAUCCUCCCCGCCCGUUGCAAGAGCUGGCGUGAACGCUAAACCCUCUCUCCGGGAGGAAAGACGAGAAUGAAGACAUCCCCCCGAUUCUGGUUACGUCGAGAAGAUCCACAAGCUAAAAACUCACAGGAAUCUUUUCAGCUCUCUGGCUUUUAGCGAGUGCAGAAGAAAGUGUGAUUUUCCUCCCACGCCCCAGAAAAAGACUCCUUCCUUGGGUCAAAAAUCAAGGGAGCCCACAAGGUCUUCAGCGAUUGAUGGGGAAAAAAAAAAAUCUACUGAGGAGAUGGUGGAGAUGUCACCGUAGUGAGACCCAAAGGCGAAGCUUCGAUGACCCUUUCGAAUGGUAUCCUGGCUCGAGGAAGACAUUUCCAGUGCAAGCUGGAGUCAGACGUGGGGAGGGAGUUGGGGGAUUUUGCUCUAGAAAAGUCUAAGAGCGACAGACUGGCAGAGCUCACUUUGGCUGCUCCUCAACGUUUGCCGAUUUCUUGCAGACCGUAGCGUGAAGUGAGCUAUUGCCGCAGUACCCGCUCUGCAGUGCCAUUGAGCGUUUUGUGCCACCACUACGGUACAGGGCCAGGAUAUGUGUCUUUGAAACCACCAGGAAAAUCUUGUCCCUUUUUUUUUAGGUCAAUGUCAUAAGGCUUAAUGUCUAAGGUAGUGUUCUUCACUACCCUCUUGGGCAGCCCUGAUUUUUUUUGAAAAGCUACAUUGAAAGAGCUCCAGGAAGCUGAGGAUAAACAAGGAUCAUCGGUGUCCUUGCUCAUAUUUUGCCCCCGAAAAGGGUCCAGGAGAGCAGAAUGAUCUAGGGUAUGUGAACGGUGUCCUCGCUCUGUUUCUGACCCGCGGCUCCAGGGGAAACAGACAUCUAACAAUAAUAACUGUGGUAUUUGUUAAGCGUUUAUUAUGUGCUGGGCACCAUUCUAAA